AGUGCGAUAAAGAAUUGCUAAUUUAUUGUCGUGUUUUUUAACGUCGUGAUGUAUUUAAUUUAGUUAGUUCGUAUCAUGUACGUGAAACGCUUGCUUAUUUUUUGUACGGCAUUCAUUGCGUGUUCCGCACUUCCGACUCCUGAGGAGACGGAUUUAUCCAUCUUCUUCGAGCACGCCGAUCCAAAUGCCCGUAUCGUCGGAGGGACCGAAGCUGCUCCAGGGAGCCACCCCCACAUGGUUUUUCUGACCAGCGGACGAAUCAGGAGUUUCAUCUGUGGAGGAUCGCUGGUGUCGACACGCACCGUACUCACAGCUGGACAUUGUGUGGCCGGUGUAUAUGCGGGCGGAAUUUUGCACAUCAACCUCCGCGUCACCGUCGGUACGAACGAGUGGAACUCUGGCGGUACCGAAUACACCGUGGCCAGAAAUAUAACACACCCUGACUUUAGCCUCAUCUACUUGAAGAACGACAUCGGUCUUCUCAUAACAGACGAGGAAGUAAAAUUAUCGGAUGCAGUCCGCCCCAUCAAAUUGAGCUAUGAUUUCGUGUCUAGUGGAGUUCCCGUUAGAGUUGCUGGAUGGGGUAGAAUUGGGCAUCGUGAGCCGCUUUCCGAAAAGCUUUUGGUGAUCGACGUGAGAACAAUUGACGGUGAGGCCUGUGUCAGGGCCGCGGCCCAGGCGGCCAUAGACUUCAACACGUGGGCCCCCCACGUGGACCCAGCCAUUGAACUAUGCACCUUCCACGCCAAAGGAACUGGUGCUUGUGGUGGUGACAGUGGUGGUGCAUUGACUCGUAUCGACAACGGUCUUCAAGUGGGCAUGGUAUCCUGGGGCUUUUCUUGUGCACGAGGUGCUCCGGAUAUGUUCGUCAGAAUUAGCGCUUUCCGCUCCUGGUUAGAGGAGAAUAUAGUUUAAGACGUUUAAGUCUUCAUGCUGACAGUAGGUGCUAAUAAGAACAGCAGUCUGUUUUAUGCUUAUCAAUCCCACAAAAAUAUAGUUGUACAAAUCUCUUUAACAAAAGUGUUUUGGUUGUAUGUGAUGCGGCAUUGCUAAGGUCCAUAGACGACAGUGACUACUCAUCAUCAUCAGGAGGGACUUAACUAUAAGCAUCUGUCAUCAAAUGUAACCAAAAACGGAGUUAGUGUUUUAUUGUAUAAACUAGAAGUUAAGGUAAUUCAACACUCUAAAUCGUGUUUCCCAGCAUGGGACCCAUGAGCCACGACGGGGCAAUUUAAUAAUUAAGAGGGGCAAUCGCAAUAAAUUAAUAUAUAAAAUUGCAUUAAAAUGAUUUUGAAUUUGAAUUUCAAUGUUUUAUUAUAUGUUUUGUAAUAUUA